UCAUUCUCCAUCUUAAUUCUGGGUAGGUUUUGAAGGUUGGUGGUGAAUGGAAGUCCAAUUUUUAUCGUUCAAGCGGAGCAGCUCUUUGAUUGGUUCAAACGCAACGACUGGCCAGUUUCGUGUGAUUGGUGCCCCAGAAAAUUUACAUCAUCGGCGUUAUCAUUUCUGGGCAGGAUCAAAGUGUAGAAUCAAGUGCGCUAUGAAGUCUUAUAAGUUGUCAGAGUUGACUCGGACUGAGGUUGAUAACCUCAAGGCUCGUCCGCGUAUUGAUUUCUCUAAAAUUUUUCGUACGGUACACCCAAUUGUUGAUGAUGUACGCAGUAGAGGCGAUGCUGCAGUGAUAGAUUACACUGCACGUUUUGACAAAGUGGAAUUGGAUAACAUAGUUGAAUACGUUCCUGAUCUUCCAGAUCCUGAGCUUGAUCCAGCUGUUAGAGAAGCAUUUGAUGUGGCGUAUGACAAUAUACAUGCAUUUCAUGUUGCUCAAAAGGUUGCAGAGAUGGAAGUUGAAAACAUGAGAGGUGUUAGAUGCAAAAGGGUAGCAAGGUGCAUUGCUUCUGUGGGUCUCUAUGUUCCUGGAGGCACUGCAGUUUUACCUUCAACAGCUCUGAUGCUUUCAGUGCCUGCACAUAUUGCUGGGUGCAAAACUGUUGUUCUUGCAACUCCCCCAGGCCACAAUGGCAGCAUCUGCAAGGAGGUACUUUAUUGUGCUAAGAAAGCCGGUGUUACUCAUAUACUUAAAGCUGGUGGAGCUCAGGCCAUUUCAGCCAUGGCAUGGGGAACUGCAUCUUGCCCUAAGGUGGAGAAGAUUUUUGGGCCAGGAAAUCAGUAUGUCACAGCUGCCAAAAUGAUUCUGCAAAACAGUGAAGCUAUGGUUUCAAUUGACAUGCCUGCGGGCCCAUCAGAAGUUCUGGUCAUUGCUGACAAAUAUGCCAACCCGGUCCAUAUAGCUGCAGACUUACUUUCUCAGGCAGAGCAUGGUCCUGAUAGUCAGGUUGUUCUAGUAAUUGCCGGUGAUGGUGUGGAUGUGGGAGCCAUUGAAAAGGAAAUCAGCAGACAAUGUGAGAGCCUUCCCAGGGGAGACUUUGCUUCAAAAGCACUAAGCCACAGUUUCACUGUUUUUGCUCGUGAUAUAGUUGAGGCCAUCUCCUUUUCAAACUUGUAUGCACCUGAGCAUCUGAUCAUCAAUGUUACAGAUGCAGAGAAGUGGGAGGGAUUCAUCCAGAAUGCAGGUUCUGUGUUUUUAGGGCAGUGGACUCCAGAGAGUGUUGGAGACUAUGCAAGUGGGACAAACCAUGUUCUUCCAACAUAUGGGUAUGCACGGAUGUAUGGUGGGGUGUCUCUUGAUUCCUUCCUCAAGUACAUGACGGUGCAAUCAUUAACAGAGGAAGGACUGAGGAAACUUGGUCCGUAUGUGGCAAAGAUGGCAGAAGUUGAAGGACUGGAAGCCCACAAGAGAGCUGUAACCCUUAGGCUCCAAGAUAUUGAAGCAAGGCUCCCUGUUUGAAAUUGUCUCUACUCUGAAGCGCCCUCCACUAAAGCCCGAGGACCUAGGGGAGAUUACUCAUACUAGUGACACUUCGAAAGGUCCAUGAUUGAAAUUUAUAAAGCUAAUCGGCAGAAGAACUUGAUUCUCCAUCUUAAAAAACAAAAUCUAUCUCAGCAAGGGAUUUACAAAGUUCAUGUACUGAAUCCAGGAGUGUCAAAGUCAUUCUCAGAGCUUUGGAUUUUCCUUUUUAAUUCAAGUUGAUUUCCCAUUAUGAGU